GAAGUGACUAAAAGGGUGCUGCGCACCAGUUUGUGAACGCAGCAGAAUUGGCCGGAGGGGACUUUCUCGGGCUCGAGGGCAGGCCAGCGAUCCUGUUUCUAUGGCAACUUCCGAACCGUUCCUGUGAAGUUCCAGGAGUAGCGCUUUAAUAGGCUGCGGUUCGCCGUGGAAUGAGGAGAUAAAAAACAUCUAAGAUGGCUUCAGUCCCCAUUUCAUAUUCAUCUUCCAAGCUAACUGUAGCAUCACAAGUCCCAUUUGCAGAUCUCUGUUCAACAUUAGAACAAAUACAGAAGUGCAAAUCCCGAUCAGAUAAAACAAGAUAUUUCAAGGAUUUUCUAGAUUCCUGGAGGAAAUUUCAUGAUGCUCUUCAUAAAAAUGAGAAGGAUGUGAUAGAUUCUUUUUAUCCUGCAAUGAGGCUUAUUCUUCCACAGUUGGAAAGAGAGAGGAUGGCUUAUGGAAUUAAAGAAACAAUGCUUGCUAAGCUAUAUAUUGAAUUGCUAAAUUUACCCAAAGAUGGAAAAGACGCUUUAAAACUUUUAAAUUUUCGAACACCCAUUGGCUCACAAGGAAAUGUUGGAGACUUUGCUAUGAUUGCCUACUUUGUUUUGAAAUCAAGAUGCAUCAACCAAGGUCAACUGACCAUACAACAAGUGAAUGAUCUUCUAGAUUCAAUUUCUAAUAAUAAUGCUGCCAAAAGGAAGGAUCUAGUUAAGAAGAGCCUUCUUCAGUUAAUAACUCAGAGCUCAGCACUAGAACAGAAAUGGUUGAUUAGGAUGAUCAUAAAGGAUUUGAAACUUGGUGUCAGCCAGAAAACCUUAUUUUCUAUUUUCCAUUCUGAUGCUGCAGAAUUGCACAGUGUCACAACAGAUUUGGAAAAGGUUUGUAGGCAGCUGCAUAAUCCUUCAGUAUCACUUAUUGAUUCUUCUAUUACAUUAUUUUCUGCCUUUAAACCAAUGCUUGCUUCUAUUGCCAGUGUGCACCAAAUUGAGAAACAAAUGAAUAAUCAGAUUUUUUAUAUAGAAACCAAAUUAGAUGGUGAACGAAUACAGAUGCAUAAAGAUGGAGAUGUUUACAAAUACUUUUCCAGAAACGGGUAUGAUUAUACUCAGCAGUUUGGUGCUUCUCCCCUUGAAGGUUCAUUGACUCCUUUCAUUCAUCAGGCCUUUAGAAAUAUUCAAAACUGCAUUCUGGAUGGUGAAAUGAUGGCCUAUAAUCCUACCACCCAGACUUUUAUGCAGAAAGGAAGCAAGUUUGACAUCAAAAGGAUGGUGGAUGAUUCUGAAUUACAAACAUGCUUCUGUGUAUUUGAUGUUCUUAUGGUCAAUGAUCAAAAGUUGGGUCAUGAAAUGCUGAGCAAAAGGUGCAAUAUAUUAAAUACAGUUUUUAUACCAAUACCUGGUCGAAUACAGAUUGUUUCUAGAAUUCAAGCAAACACACAGAAAGAAGUAGUAGAUGCCCUGAAUGAAGCCAUUGAUAACAGAGAAGAAGGAAUUGUAAUAAAGGACCCCAUAUCAAUUUACAAGCCAGAUAAGCGUGGGGAAGGAUGGCUAAAGAUCAAGCCAGAAUAUGUCAGUGGGUUGAUGGACGAACUGGAUCUUUUAAUUAUUGGUGGCUACUGGGGCAAAGGUCUUCGUGGUGGCAUAAUAUCUCAUUUUUUAUGUGCGGUUGCUGAGGCUCCUUUGCCCGGUGAAAGACCAUCUAAAUUCCAUUCCAUUUGCCGUGUUGGUUCCGGUUGCACCAUGAGAGAAUUGUAUGAUCUUGGCUUGAAAUUAGCCACAUAUUGGAAAAAAUACGAUAGGAAGGUUCCCCCUUGUAAUAUCUUAUGUGGUGCUGAGAAGCCUCAAGUCUUUAUUGAUCCUUGUAAUUCAGUGAUUGUCCAGAUUAAAGCUGCUGAGAUUGUGAGUAGUGAUAUGUAUAAAACAGAAUGCACAUUACGCUUUCCACGCAUUGAAAGAAUAAGGGACGAUAAAGAAUGGUAUGAAUGUAUGACUGUUGACUUUCUAGAACAACUCAGAAGUAAAGCUGCUGGGAAGCUUGCAACAAAACACCUUGAUAUAGUUGAGGAUGAACCACAAGAAAAGAAGCGUAAAACAGUUGCAAAAAUUAAAAAAGCAGUCGGUUUAAUGGAUCAUUUUAAAGCACCCGACCUUUCUAAAAUAAACAAAGUUUCUAAUGUUUUUGAAGAUGUUGAGUUUUGUAUUAUGACUGGGACACAACAUUAUUCAAAGUAUGCUUUGGAAAGCAAAGUAGCAGAAUAUGGUGGCAGCAUAGUUCAAAAUCCUGGGCCUGAUACUUAUUGUGUUGUAGCAGGGACUGAGAAUGUUAGAGUGAAAAAUAUUAUUUCUUCCAAUAAUUAUGAUGUUGUGAGAGCAGAAUGGCUUUUACAGUGUUUCCAGGCUGGAAAAUUUGUGCCAUGGCAGCCUACUUUUAUGAUUCACAUGUCUCCUGAAACAAAGCAACAUUUUGCUUGUGAAUAUGAUACUUAUGGUGAUAGUUUCACAGCUGAUACUGAUCCACUAGAGUUGAAGGCAGUGUUCUCAAGAAUUAAUACCUCUGAAGAGAUUUUUCAGGAUGUGAUUGCUAACCUAGAAGCCCGUUAUUCUUGGGAAAGUUCCUUAAGCAUAUUCAGGCAACAAACCAUUUACCUGAGCCUUUCUGAUGAAAUGAGCUAUUUAAGAGACAGGAUAAAUCAAACCAGAUGUUUAACCGUAGAGUUGAUACUUCGCUUUCAUGGAGCAAAAGUAGUGUCACAGCUUGAGGAAGGUGUAUCCCAUGUAAUCAGCGGAGAUCAUUCUGAUUUGAAGAAAAUAAAAACCAUUAGAAGGACAUUUAAGAAAAAGUUUAAAAUUGUGUCGGAGCAAUGGAUAAAAGAUUCUGUAAAAGCUGGAGAAUUACAAAAUGAAAACUUGUACAUGAUGUAAGAGUUUAAUUAGUAAGAAAAGUCUUGUUAGGAUUGUGCAAAGCAUUUGAAGAAGGUGAUUUGCAGUAACAGGAACAGGAGUGAAGUACAUCUCUUUCAAAAUAGUCAUGCUUUCUGCAAGAUGAUGUGGCUGCUUCCAAAGUUGUUUUCAGAGCGCACUCUAACUUGGCAGAAUGUGAUUUUUGAAUGUGUUGCACAAUUCUAUUCUUUUAAUAUUCUAUCUCUUUUGAAGAUAUGUGAAUGAAAGAAAAGGAUGCUCAGGAAAAUAGGGUGAUGAUUGUUUCUCAGUGUUGUGUUUUUAUCUGUUUUACUUAGCUUUUAAUAUAUUUAUAGGAAACCUGUAUUACUCAAUUAUAUCUAUUAAAAAUGUACUGAUCUUAAACAACUUUUAUCAUUUGCAGUCAACAGGGCUAUAUGUUUAAAUUUCCAGUACUGAAUGUGGUUUGAGAUGUGGUUUAAUAGUUUUAAAAAGUGUCAUCUAUUUAAGUCCAUGUUUCAUUCAUGUUUAAUGUAUUUUAUAAUGAUGCAUUUUUAAAUGAAUGAAUAUGUAUCCUCAGAAUUCAAAACAUCUAUAAUCUUAAAUGUAUCAUAGGAGUGUUUUCUCCAGCAAAGAGGCUUUUAGUUUUACAACCACAAUUAAAGUUUUAGCAAAAGAGAAUCCAGGUAUCUAUUUUCUAAAACUUGAAAAGACUGCUUUUCAAUAGUAUAGCAAGAACAGUUUGUUUCUGCACGUUUUCUGUUUUCAUCAUUUUGUAAUAAAUAUUUGAUAUAAUUAAAUAAUAUAUUUUAAAACCUGA